AUGGGAGCCCUGAAGCAACUUGGGCAGGCAGAGACCUUCCAGAGAGCUGCAGAUCAGGGAGCUCUGCUGAACUUCCUAAAUGCCAGUGAGCUGGAGAUGCUGGAUGCUUCCUUGCUGUAUCCUACUGAAGGGGAUGUGAAGAAGGAGUCAUUGGGUCUCCCUCUGAUCCCCCAGAUACGCAGGGCAGGUGUUUUUGAGGGCUUGAAGUCUGCCAGAGAUUUACAUGAACAUUUGCUUCCAUUACCAGGCCUUCCACUGUGCCAGACCAAGGAGACGGAUCAUCCCACCAGUCCUGGUCUUACAAGAGACAAAGACCUGAGGGAUGGCUUUGGAAAGAUCCGUGCUGCAUUGUGCAAGUUGGCUCAGGAGAACUUAGAGUGGAAGGUUGAGGAGCUUUGUGAUGAAGAGAUGAAGAAAAGGACACAAAGGGAAGCAUUCAAAGGAAAGCAGCUGCCUCCACUGGUAGUUGACCCCAGGGAUGCAGCAGAAGGAAGCUUCCUUGCUGUAUCCUACUGGAGGGGAUGUGAAGAAGGAGUCAUUGGGUCUCCCUCUGAUCCCCCAGAUACGCAGGGCAGUCCACACCCAGCUGCAGAAGUGAAGAUGACGACUCUGAAGAAGGAGGUUGGCCUCCCACUGAGCCAAGCCAAGGGGACAGAUCAUCCCACCAGUCCUGGUGUUAUGAGUGACGAAGACCUGAGGGACAGCUCUGGAAAGAUCUGUCUUUCAUUGUGCAAGUUGGCUCAGAAGAACUUAGAGCGGAAGAAAAUGGAGCUGUUUGAGAAGGAGCUCAAGAGAAGGAGGCAAACAGAAACAUCCUUGCAGCUGCCUCCACAGACAGUUGACACUGGGGAUGCAGAAGAAGCAAGCUUUAGCCUACCGCCUGUCAAUGGCACAGCUUCCAGUGUGCAGAGAAAACACCCUGGUAGUGCCUUGAAGAAGAAGGUCUUGAGGAAGCAGGACAACGUGCCCUCACUGCCCAAUAUGCCCACCAUCCAUGGGGAUGGCAGCUUCCCACGCAACUCCUCAGUGACCUCGCAGACGGCCUCUGGUGCCAAGCGUCGAGAGGAGCCGCUGCGUGGGAACAGGCAGAAGGACACAGCCUCUUGUGACCCACAGCAGGCCUUGCUCAAGGCACUCUCCUUGCUGGGCAGCGAUGACUGGGAGCUGAAGGAGAAGGCGCUCUCCAGCAUCGGACAGCUGGCUGGGUCCCAUUCAGAAGUCGUGCUUUGUAGACUUCGUGACGUUUGCCUGGCAGUUACCAGCGAGGUGAGCAACCUCCGCUCCAAGGUGUCCUACGCUGCAAUCGUCACUCUUGGAGAGCUCUUUGCAGCCUUGAAGAAGGACAUGGACUCCGUGGUGGAUGAGGUUGCUCGGGUCCUGCUCCAGAUGGUUUGGAAUUCCCCAGAGUUUCUUGAGAAAGCAGCCAAUCAGACCCUGGGGAUCAUGGUGGAGAACGUGACUCCUGCACGAGCACUGGCUGCUCUCAUGGACAGGGGAGCCAAGAGCCGCUACGUUGAGGUGCGGAAGUGUGCGGCCAAACUCCUCCUGUCCUUGAUGGGGAAAAUUGGAGUCACGAAGCUCGCAGACACACCCAGGGCUGAGAGCCUGGCGCAGGUGGCAGGGAAGCUUGCUCAGGACUGUCACAAGGACACAAGGCACUAUGGACAGGAGAUGGUGAAGAUGAUGCUAAGUCAUCCAAAAUUUAAAAGGCUUUUGGAGCAAUCUGUUUCUACCCGUGACCUGGAAGAUAUUGUGACAAGAAUUAAGAAGAAGGAGAUGGAAAACCAGAAGGGUGAAGGCCCAUCUGUCAAGAUGCCGGUGAAGAAGAGCAGCGAUUCCUCAAAGAAGCCCCAGGCCACAUUGCCUUCUAGUAAACGGGUGAAGUCUACCUCUGAGGGACGCCUCCUACACCGUGCAAAAGCCCAGGUCACGUUACCUCCAGCUGUGGAAGAAACGGAGCCGCUCCAGAAGCUUUACGAUCUCCUGGAAGCCAAGGGGUUUCAGACACGGCUGGAAGGAGUGGCAUUCCUUCUCGAGCUGUGCAAAACCCGCCCCCAGCUCAUCUCCACUAACAUUGUCCAAAUUUUUGAUUAUUUUGUCCUGAGAAUAUCUGACAGCCACAAGAGGGUGAAGCAGAAGGCGCUGGACGUGCUGGCAGAAAUCAUUGGCAUCCUGGAAGAUGCCUUGAGCCCGGUGAUCAUCCAUUUGGUGGAAGAAAUUACAAACAACUUGAACUCAAAGGAUCCCGGGGUUCAUUCUGCAGCUGUGAAAGCUCUGGAAGAAUCCAUUUCUCAUUUAGAUAAAGUAUCACUGAUGAAAGAGUUUGGCCACAGAUGGAGUCAACUGAGUGGCCAAGCUCUGCUGGAUGUCACAGAGCGUAUCACAGUGCUUGUGGAAUGGGUUUAUCCCAGGAGCCCUGAAGUCGUCCAGCGCUACGCCCUGCCCGUGCUCUGGUCCUUCCUGGGGAACAAGGCGCUGCCCGUGCGAAGCGCCAAUGUCCGCACUGUGGUCAGCAAGCUUGCCUCUGCCCUCUACGAGGUGAUGGGCACCAAGCUGAGGAAGUGUGCUGCCAGCCAGCCUCCACAUGUGCGGGAAAACCUCUCCAGCAUCUUGGGCUGGUGA